AUGCAUCUGCUGCGAUCUGUUCUAGUUUCCCUCCUGACAGCCUCUGCCUUGGCCCUCCCAGGUGCGGAGAAGCAAUCAUCUGUCAAACACCGGCGUGCUGCCGGGUAUGCCCUCAAGGAGCCCCCUCUCACGACCCCUUGGACAGAUAAAGUCGGCACCAAUCCCUGGCCUGAGUACCCGCGGCCACAGCUGCAGCGUUCCCAGUGGCAAAAUCUGAACGGGGUCUGGCAGUAUCAGAACGCCUCGGGCCUGGAUGCGGUGCAAAGCCCGCCAUUUGGGCAAGAUCUGGGGCAGGAGGUGCUGAUUCCUUCAUGUUUAGAAAGUGGAUUAUCCGGCAUUCAGGGGAAUUAUACCCUGUAUUCAUGGUUCUCAACCUCCUUUGAGGUACCCUCCGACUGGGAUGGUCAGAACGUGUUGCUCAACUUCGGAGCCGUGGACUACGAAGCUACUGUCUUCGUCAACGGUCAGAAGGCGGGCUUCCACCGUGGUGGAUACUUCAAGUUCUCUGUGGACGUGACUCGGUUUGUGAAGCAAGGCCAGAAGAACGAGCUCCUCGUUUUCGUGCAUGACCCCACUGACAGUGGGGACUAUGUCAUCCCAAUUGGAAAGCAGACACUGGAGCCAAGCCAUAUCUUUUACACUCCGUGCAGCGGUAUCUGGCAGACUGUCUGGAUUGAGCCUGUGCCAAUGAACCACAUUUCCCGAUUAGAUCUCGAUGGUAACAAGGACGGCCAGGUCAACAUCACGGUGCACACUGCUGCCAAUGUCAGCACCAGCGUCCAAGUCGUCGUGCACGACGGUGAUCAUGUUGUUGCCACACAUCGAGGACCGACCAACCGACCAUUCCAGUUCAAGGUUGUGUCGCCCAAGCUGUGGUCUCCCAAUUCACCCAACCUGUAUAAGGUCACCGUGAUCUUGGGCCAAGACCGGGUCCAAAGCUAUACUGGGUUCCGUACCAUUGAACGCGGCACCGUGAAUGGCGUUGUCCGACCUCUGCUGAACGACGAGUUCAUCUUCCUGUUUGCCACCCUCGAUCAGGGCUACUGGCCCGAUGGUAUUUACACCCCUCCCACAAAAGAGGCGAUGGUGUACGAUCUCCAGCUUCUGAAGAAGCUUGGCUUCAACACGGUUCGCAAGCAUAUCAAAGUAGAGCCCGAGCUCUUCUACCAGACGUGCGAUGAACUCGGCCUGCUAGUCAUCCAGGACAUGCCGGCUCUGCGUCCAUCCCAGUCCCGGACUCUGGCAAACGGCACAUCUGUGCCAAUCCUGCCCGACCCAGCUCAGCAAGUGGAGUUCGGACGUCAAUUGGAAGUCCUGGUCAACCAGCUUAAGAGCUUCCCCAGCAUUGCCGCUUGGGUCAUCUACAACGAAGGGUGGGGCCAGAUUACCACCUAUUACCCCGAGAUCGAGUUGACUGCUCGAGUCAAGCAGCUAGACCCAACCCGGCUGGUCGAUUCCACCACAGGUUGGUACGACCACGGCGCGGGUGACUUUAGCGACAACCACCACUACGCUAAUCCGCAAUGCGGAACCCCGUUCUACUCCAUCAACUCAAGCCCUUACGACGAUACCCGAAUCGGAUUCCAGGGCGAGUUUGGCGGUCUUGGCAACAAUGUCUCGAUCGAGCAUCUCUGGAACAACCAGAACGCCAUCAACAGCAUCAACCAGACGUACGAAAUUGAUAUUACCGUGGAAGCGUGGAACUACCGCAGCCACCUUCUACUCAGCGAGCUUAAGGACCAGGUUACCCGAUUCUCCUGCAGCGGGGGCGUCUGGACCCAGACCACCGAUGUCGAGGGCGAGGUCAACGGGCUCAUGACCUACGACCGCCGCCUGCAGCGUGUGGACGAAGAGCAGUGGAAGGCCGAUAUCCAGGGCCUGUACGAUGCAGCUGCGGCACGCAGCAACGCGACCGUUUCCUUGUGA